ACAACCAAACACCUACUUUUCCAUUGCUAUGUUUCCCAUCCAAACCAGACACUUUCUCUGAAGCCAUGGCCGCCUGGACUUGCAGAGCUUCUAGUAGCAACUCUACUGUCUUUUCUUUGUUGGUGAUUUGUGUCUUGGGUUUGGCUUGUCGGAGCUGUGAUGGGUUUGGAACGUUCGAGUUUGAUUUCCACCACCGGUACUCCGAUCCCGUCACCGGAAUUAUCGGCUAUGAUGAGCUGCCGCAUAAGGGCAGUCCCGAAUAUUACGCUGCCAUGACUCACCGUGACCGGGUGAUCCGGGGCCGCCAUCUCGGCGAAACACCGCCGCUUACUUUCGUUUACGGCAACGAGACUUACCGGAUUGGCGCUUUUGGACACUUGCAUUAUGCGAAUCUUUCUGUUGGGACGCCGAUGACUUCUUAUCUUGUGGCUUUGGAUACUGGGAGUGAUUUGUUGUGGUUGCCGUGUGAUUGUCUCAGUUGUGUGAAGGGGGUUAACACAUCAGAUGGAGAGGUCGUGAAUUUUGACAUCUACAGUCCUAGUCAAUCAAAAACAAGCAAAAAGGUUUCUUGCAACAGCACAUAUUGUGACCAACAACAGCAGUGCUCUUCACCAAGUAGUGACUGUCGUUACAGUAUCGACUAUCUUUCUGCUAACACUUCGUCUUCUGGAAUCAUAGUAGAGGAUGUUUUGCACUUGAGGACUGAUGAUGUUAAACUAAAAGCUGUUGAGGCCCCGAUAGCCUUUGGGUGUGGUAGGAUUCAGACUGGUAUAUUUUUGAGUGGGGCAGCUCCGAAUGGUCUACUAGGACUUGGUAUGGAUGGCAUAUCGAUUCCUAGCAUGUUAGCGAAACAGGGGCUUGCUUCUGAUUCUUUUUCCAUGUGCUUUGCAAUUGACGGAAGUGGGAGAAUCCGAUUUGGUGAUAAUGGAAGUGCAGGCCAACCAGAAACACCAUUCUAUGUCAAAAGUAGAUAUCCAACUUACAACAUUACUGUUACUCAAAUAGCCGUUGGAGAAAGUGUUAAUGAUCUUGAAUUCUAUGCAAUUUGGGACUCUGGUACCUCAUUUACGUACUUAAAUGAUCCAGCUUACACCCAGAUUUCCAAGAGCUUCAACAGCGCCAUCAAAGAUAAGCGGGUUACAAAUUAUGAUGACCUGCCUUUUGAAUAUUGUUAUACAGUCAGUCCGAAUCAAACAUUGAAUUUCACAAUGAAAGGGGGAAAGCAGUAUAAUGUUAUUGACCCACUUGUAGUUCUUACUGAUGGGGAAGGCAAUAUACUCUUCUAUUGUCUCGGUGUUGUCAAAAGUGAAGAUGUAAAUAUCAUUGGACAAAACUUCAUGACUGGUUACCGUAUUAUUUUUGAUCGUGAAAAGAAUGUUUUGGCUUGGACAGAAUCGGAUUGUUACAAUGAUGAGGAAGCAUCCACUCUUGCUAUCAGUCCAUCCAAAUCUCCUGCCUCAUCCCCUGCGAUCGAUCCAGAAGCUACAUCUACCAACACUUCUACAGUACCAUCAACCCCAUCGCAAAACGACUCACCCAAAUUCAACUCUUUUACAUGUGCACUCUUCAUGGUUCUUUCUGCAAUUUUUGCCAUUGUUUAAUUAUUCUUUGUGGGUGCUGAGGUUUUCUCGACCCUGUAUCAUAUCAUAUGUAUUCAUACUUCAUAGGCAUAUGUUCUAGAUAAAAUACAUAGGAAACUGGAAAAUGAAUUACAAUUUUUGGUAUACGAAAACUGAUGUCAAGG